GAGAAUUUACGAGGACACUCCAAAAAAGUUCAUAAGCCGAGAACAAAUUACUUGUCAGCUGACUAUCGACUUUCCCAUCGAAUCAUCAACGAGUGGAAUUCACUACCUCAGCACGUGGUUGAGGCUCCAUCCGUCGACUGUUUUAAAAGAAAGUUGGAUCAACUGAGAGACCACCAUUGCCAGGACUAACAUAGGCCAUCGAGCCUCCUGUCCUUCCCAAACUGAAACUGAAACUGAAACUGAAUACAUCUUCACUAUAGUUACAAAGUGUGAUUUUUUGAGUUCAGGGUUGUUUACAUUUAUAUAAAUUUUGGAAAACUUUGAGAGUAUAUAAUAUGCAAACAAUUCAGCCUACUGAGAAUCAAAAUCCAAGAAUUGAACUCGAUCAGAGCAAUGGCGUUACAGAAAAAUCAUCGGAAUCAGUAUCUUUGAACAAAGAAAUAAUAAGUUCAAGUUUGUGUUAUGUAAACGAAACAAUUGACGGGUUAUCAUAUGCCCCAGCUAAAUUUAUUUGCAAUGACAGAUUGCUAACGAAUAUCGAUGCACUGAAGGGGUUUAUAUUUUUGCGCUACGUUAACGUAGGAUUCAAUCGUAUAACUAAUUUAAGAGCAUUAUAUGGUUUAAACAAUCUGAUUGUGUUAAGAGCAUCAUAUAAUGAAAUAGAAGAAUUUCCUUGUGGAAACUGGCCCACGUUAACACACUUAGACUUAAGAAAUAAUUGUAUUAAAAGGCUGACAACUGUAAAUUACCCGAGAUUGUUGGUUCUAUUCCUUGACAAUAAUCAGUUACGUAGUUUGACCAGUCAAACUGAUGGAUCAUGUUAUUUAAAUGAUUAUAGUGUACCGAAAUUGCAUACUCUCGGAUUAUCACAUAAUUUACUUGAGGUAGAAGACGCUACAAUAACUGAUUCUAAUAUCAAUAUAGCAAUUGGAUUAGAAUUGAAAAAUCUAAAAGCAUUAUAUCUUGGUUAUAACAAACUAAUUAGUUUUGGAAAUUAUAAAUUAAAAAAUGGAAAUGUACAAAAUUUACCAAAUGAACUAAAAUACACUACUAAUGAUCAAAAAGGGCAAAUUUAUAAUUACAAUUCCCUAAUUGGAUAUCUUCCAAAUCUAUCUGUUUUACACAUAAGAAGUAGUGGGUUAAUCAAUCUGGAUGGAAUAACACCUGAAUGUUUACCAAGAUUAGAAUAUUUAAAUGUUAGGGAAAAUCAAAUCGGCAGUUUAGAAGAAAUAAAGAAACUAUCCAACCUCCAGUGUUUACGUACAGUGAUUUUAACAGAUAAUCCAGUUUAUGAUGUCAAAGAUUACCGACUGGAAGUUCGCGUUUGUUUGGUCAAUUUAAGGCGACUUGAUAAAGAUAUCUAUACGAUGGAAGAAAAUGAAGAGGCCGAUGAAUUGGCUAUUCAAAGAAUGCAACCAACCUGAUUUUCAAAACGUAAGUUACAUUAAGUUAUUUUGAAAGAUUUAUAGUAUAGGGCUGAAAGUAUUUCCUUAAGUUACUUAUUUAGUUUUAUAAGUGAAAUCAAAAAGCCCUUAACCAUGAGAGUGUUUAGAUGGAACUUUGUUUAGUAAAAUCGACGAACGAGUACUCUCCCGUAAUAAGGGUUCGAUUAAAUAUGAGUGGUUGGUUUUAUUAUAAAAAACUUCGGCUAACACUGAAUCUGUCAAACUAGUGGGGAAAUAAACCCCUUAAUGCUGGGUUCCGUAGAUUUUUGUUACUAACCUCAAAUAUUUGUGAACAAAUAUCUCACCACUGUUCCAAGUCAAGACGACGUUGCUUGUGAAACACUACUCAACUUAUGAAUAUUACAUUUUAAGCAAUGGUCUACGCAGAUUGUAGGAAAUUAGACACUAGGCAAUCCACUUAAGUAGGUUUUAACUCUGGUCUACGCUGAGAAUGAAUUUCACAAGUUUGGGCAUGAAGCGAGAUAUACAGGACUGCAAACAAAUAUCAUAACGGACAUUUUACUUUUUACUAAUUAUUUUGAUAUUACAGGAACGUGGACCAACCUUUCAUGAGCGUUUGUCAGUUUUCCAGGAAACACCUUUAAAAGUUCCUCAAGCGUUUACAUGUAUAUCUUUACUCCAACACUUCAAAUAAGUUUUAUAAUACAGUUUAUCUAACAUAAAA